GGUAGCUCUUUCACUGCCUCCAUUCAUUUCAUUCGCGCAUAGUCGCAUCCGAGCAGCGAGCCCUCCCCUCCUAUUUCUCUCCGCCUGGAAAGAUGGCUGCUCCGGCGGUGUUGAGAAUCUCCGGCCCGCCGCUGUGUCCGAGCUUCGCGGAGGUCUGUUCGUUUUUGGAGCGAUACGGACCUGCGCUGGAUCUUCCUGAGAUGACUUUCCCGCAGAUGGAAAGGUAUCUACGGGAUACAACGACAGUCCCUAAACCUCUUGUGGAGCUCCAUGUGAAGCUGCUGAGAAAACUUGGGAGGUCCGUGACUACUGACCGCUGGGAAAAAUACCUGGCUAAGGUUUGCCAGGAGCUGAACAGUACAUGGGCAUGGGAGCUUGAACAGAAAGGUUAUCAGGAGAUGUCUAUGGAGUGCAAGUCAAGCAUCCUGAAAUAUCUCUGUGAGUGUCAGUUUGAUGACAACCUCAAGUUCAAAAUGGUGGUAAAUGAUGAGGAUCCAGAGAAGAUGCGUCUGCAGCCUAUUGGUCGGGACCGGCAGGGACUGAUAUAUUGGCUUCAGUUGGACCAGGAGCAGAACAUCCGGCUGUACACCGAGGAGCAGGAUGAUCUGGAUGGAUCCACCUGGAAGUGCAUCGUCAGGACUCGUAAUGACCUAGCUGAAGCUCUGGAACUACUGAAGGCUCAGGUUGAACCAAAGCAAAAGGACCAGGACCAGGACCAGAACCAGGCUGGACCCAGAAGUGCAAGCCCUGCAGGAAAAGAGAUAGGGGAGGAGGUCACUGGAGUCAGCAGCACCAAACUUUAUAAAACUACAGAGGAUGAAGCUGACAGUAAAAAUGCUGACGCUGUUAAGGAAGAGAAGCCCAUAAAACAAGCGGUGAAGCAGGAGCAGACGCGGCCCUUUCAACAGGAAAAUAAUGAAUCUGAGGUGAAAGAAGAAAAAACAGACCACAUGUUGUCUGCCUUCGAUAACCGCGUGAGCACGAUCACCACAAUUAAAUCAGAACCGAGGGAUACCGGUGCACCCCAAAACGCUGUGUCUGUCGUCAUGGCACCACAUGUGACUUUGACAAACAUUAACAAGGAAGAGGAAGCGGAGCGGGCAGUUGUCAGGAGCAACCAGCAGGCCAAGAUCCCCCUGAAGAAGAGGGAUCUUAAGCUUGCAGAUAGUUUUCACAGCAACCACCUGAGCAACAGUAACAGCAGCAGUAUCAUUGUUUGUAACCCUUCAGUGAUCCAGAGUAAAGAUGGCCAAGGAAGAAAUGGGAAGUUACUCAACUCGUUAACAUCUACAGGUAGUCCAGCUGUUUCGCAGCAGCAGCAGCAGCAGCUGGUGGUCACGGCGUCAAGCCAAGAACCGACCAACGGGAGAUCAUCUCUCCUUCUGACCCACAAAGACAGUCAAAAUGGCGUCAUAGGGGUUAUUGGUCAAGCUGGGGUUGUGGGUCAUGUUGGGGUUAUUCGCAGCCCAUCUGAGCGUCUCAGAACCCCUGGUACUGAGCAGCAAGACCAAAAUGGGCCGAGUUCAGAAACCAGUGGGGCUGUGGGGGAAGACAAGGAGGUGAGCCGGCAGUCUGUACUGGUGAGGAAGGGAGUUACUGAAGGGGAGAAUGCACCAGCAGUCACCGCUCCCACUCCUCAUUUAAUGACUGAAACUCUGACACUGAGAAUGAGAAAUUCAACACUGACAUUAAAACCUGAUGAACUUUCCGAAGUUACAGAAAGAAAAGUCGAUUCUGUCGGCUUGUCCUCACUGUCUCGGUCCACAAAGGAGCCCAACAGACAGUUUGUAGAUGAUCAGGAUAAAAAGACAACAGAAGAGGAGUUUGACAAGAAUACCAAGUAUUGCAGUCAUCAGCAGACGGACGAUAAUCUGAAAGAGAUGAGAAAGGAUUUAGACCAGGGUGCAGGUGGGUCAAAUAAAAAUGAUCCAGAAAAGAGUCAAAGCACUUUAGGAAAAAUGGAUGAAGAAUCAAACGAUAGUGUUUCACUCCUUAAAGUAAAUAAGCGGAAUAAAAAGGACCAUCGGGGAGAAGGGAUCAAUGGUGGGAUGGCAGGCCAGGUUAGGGUGAAGGGUGCUGGAUUUGGAUCUAAGGAGAAGCAGGGCCCUUUAGAGGAAGCUUCCUCUGAGCUCCAGAAAGAAGGAAUCAGGUUGAAGAUCAAGAUUCCUCCCCACCGUCGAAACAAGCUGAAGGGAAAAGGAGGAAAGGUGGAGGAGAAGGACAGAGAGCAGGAGGUGCAAGAGGAAGAGAGGACUCUGAGGAGGUCUGCAAGAAUAUGCAGAUCAUCUGCUUUGCCAACCUGCAGGCCAAGCUCGAAGGCAGCUGAAAGCCAGAAAAAGAAAACACAAAGAAAACAGGUGCUACCUUCCAGAACGAAGGAAGAGGAGGAGAAAGAGGAGGAAGAAGAGGAGCAAAGCUCGACUGCAAAGAAAGACAGAAAAGCUGAAUCUACUGGAAAAAUGAGGAAAAGAAGGGGUAAACGGAGGCACGGAUGUCCCCGAUGGUCCAACAUUCGCACAAAGCGACGCAAACUGAACGAGGGAGAGGAGGUGGAGGAUAGGAAACGAGGUGAGGAAGAAGGUGAUGGAGGGAGCGACUCGGAGGAAGAAUCUUGUAAAUCAGAGGAGAUUCCCAGCGAGGACGCCUGCAGUCACUGCGGCCUGCCCAACCACCCCGAACUGAUCCUGCUUUGUGACUCUUGUGAUAGUGGUUACCACACUGCCUGUCUGCGACCGCCGCUCAUGCUGAUCCCAGACGGAGAGUGGUUCUGUCCGCCCUGCCAACAUAAACUGUUGUGUGAGAAAUUGGAAGAGCAGCUCCAGAAUCUGGACAGUGCUCUGAAGAAGAAAGAGAGAGCAGAGAGAAGGAGGGAACGGUUGGUAUAUGUCGGGAUCAGUGUGGAGAACAUCAUUCCUGAGGGAGACGAAGAGGAAGAGGAGAAGUCUGCAAAGAAGAAAGAUCCUAAAAAGUGUAAAAAUCUUGGGAGGAGAUCAACCAGGACCAGGAAGCACAUAAGCUACAGGUUUGAUGACUUUGACGAUGCCAUUGAUGAGGCUAUCGAGGAGGACUUCAGGGACAUCUGUGAUGAGAGUGGGAAGGGUAAAGACAUCAGUUCAGUCUUAUCAGAGAGAGGAAAGGAGAGCCAGCGGCCAAUCAGAAACCAGUCUCGAGCUGCCAGAAACAGGAAGAAGCGGAGACUGAACGACCUGGAGAGCGACAGCACGGCAGCUGAAAGCGAAGACGAGUUCAUGCUCAGCAACAGCUCAGAGGAUGAGGAUUUUGGAGCAUCAGGGGGAGAUGAUGACGAAGAGGAAGAUGAAGAUGUGGCCAGCAAUGGGGGCAGCUGGGACAGAGGGACCCGCCCAAGACAGACAUUGAGAGAAGUGCCCAAAUACAAACGGAAGAGAACCCAACGCAGGGGCAGGAAACGGAGGCGGAGAUGCUCCACCGAGGAAGAGGAGGAGGACAGUGAGGAAGAGAUGGACUCAGAUCAGUUCAGCAACAUGACCGACAGUGAUGCUGACAAAAAAAGGCGUGGUCUGAGGCGGGGUCAGCACCAGCAGGUCAACUACCGUGAGACAUCAGAGUCAUCCGACAACUCCACGGUCUCUGCCAGCAAAGACAAGGUGAAACCCCGCGGCAGACCACGCAAGGAGCAUCUCUCCAGCGACUACAGUGACGUGUCGCCUUCCUCCAGAGACUCAGAGGAGGAUGAUUAUGAAGAUGAGGAGGAAGAUGACCAGAGAAGGAGAGUGAACAGGAGGAGAAUAGCAGAGGAAUACCUCCGGAGAAGCAGAAUAAGAGAAAAGCGGAGUAGAUACGAAGAUGAGGAGGAUGAAGGGGAACGAGGGAGGCGGCGGAAAAAGACGCAAAUGGAAAAGGCGGAUAAUAAAGACAAGAGGAGGAGAUUAAUGAGGAUGGACAGGGAUGAGGAGAAUCUGGAGAAGAUGGGUCGGGGGAGGAGGAGAGAGAUCCUGUCGCAGCAGCGACGCAAACGUCUUGCUCAGAUGUUGAAGAAACGGCGACCUUCCACAGACGAGGAGGAUGAGGAAGAAUCUGAAGACUCAGAAUCAUCAUCAGAGGAGGAUCGUCCCAUCCGUAAAAGACUCAAUCGCAUUGACUCUGAUGAUGAAGAGGAAGAUGACGAGGAGGAAGAGGAUGGAAGACAGAAGAUGACAACCAAAAAAUCCUCAGUGGCGGAGACGAAGGCUGACAACAGAAAUGACAGCGAUGCUCAGGACAAGGGGAGGAGCUGUAGCAUGUCUCCGUCAAACGGACAUUGGACCUCCAGAGGCUCAACAAAGCCUGGGCCUGAGAGCCCCACAGUGCCCCUGGACAGUGCUUCCCCUGGCAGGCAGAGCAGGAACAAUCCCCCCUUGUGUCUAGGCAAAGGGGAAGAUGAGAGGGAGGACCAGUCGGACUCAGUAUACUCUGUCCAGAACAGUCCGCAGUCAUGAUGGCUGUUUGUGUCAAUAACACUUGCUUUUUUUUUGUUUUUCUUUUACCCACAGACCACCUUUUAAACUGGAUAUUCCUCUCCCCC